GCUUCUUCCUCCCCCUUUGUGGGAACCACAGGUUGAGAUUUUCUAUAAAUGAACUACUCUCUUCCUUCUCAUCAUACUCUGGAAGCAACCCUUUCUUACAGAGAAAAUGGAAGCAGGUCCAUUUUUAGUCUAUGUGCUAAUAGCAACUCUCAUUCUUCAAUUCUCUACCCUCACAAAUUCUAGCUCAGCCACCCAAUACAUCAGAACAUCAUGCAGCAACACAACCUAUCCAAGAUUAUGCUACCACUCCCUUUCAAUCUAUGCAAGCGAAAUCAAGACCAACCCUAAAUCACUAGCCAACACUGCCCUUAACAUCACCCUCAAAGCCACCAAAUCAACAUCAAGAUUGAUGAAGAAGAUGUCAAGAAUCCAUGGAUUGAACCCUAGAGAGGCUGCAGCGGUAGCAGAUUGUGUGGAGGUAGUUGGUGACUCAGUGUACGAGCUGCAAAGGUCUAUUGGGGAGAUGGGUCAUGCUAGAGGAUCAAAUUUUUUUCAAGUAAUGGCUGAUGUACAAACAUGGGUUAGUGCAGCAUUAACAGAUGAUAAUACUUGUAUGGAUGAAUUUGCUGGAGAUCCCAUGAAUGGGAAUGCGAAGGCUCUUGCUAGGAGACACUUGGUGAAAAUUGCUCAUCUGACUAGCAAUGCCUUGGCUCUUAUCAAUAACUAUGCUUCAUCUUAUAUCAACUGAGAGCAAUGUCAAUGUCCAGGUAUAUUGUGUGUCUCCUUGUGGUUGUUAGUUGAGUUUGUUGGGAACCCACUUCUCAGGAGAGGUCAAGUAAGAGAAAUUUUAGCCUUAAUGAUUAUGGGUCAUCCUCUUCUGCAAUUAUUGAUUAUAGGUUUCAAUACUUUGGUGUGUAUGGUUAAUUAUGAUCAGUUAUUUUAGUUGUAAACACUCGAGGCUUCUUUUAGGUUGAUUUGAAAGUGAAACUGUAGAUUUUCUUUCAUGUUGUAUGCUUUUCCCUUUUUCUUGGCGGUCAGGUUGGUGGUACUGCUUUCUACUCAUUAUUAAAGAGCAACCAAUGGGCUUUACAAGAAGUAAAUUAAAUAAAUAAAUAAAUUUUAGCUGUA